AACGAGGCUGUAAUGAAAGACAACUGUGGAUUCUCAGCGAAUGACCAUUGGAAUGUCUGGAAUUCGAUAAAAGUUUGAUGAGGUACCAAGCCUUUCUGCUAUGCUAUGAUUGCUGGCUGAGGUUGACAAUGGCUUUAUCUGCUGGUUGAGAGGCUGUGUGUGUUGUGUUGUUGGCCACCGACAUGUCCAGCCUGGCCAGCACGCAGACCUCCAGUGGCAAGAAGAGGAAGGCUGUUUGUGUCCAUCUUCUCAACAAGGAAGAUUUUAUCUGUUAUGUGGAUGUGAAAUCUAAAUUCCAAGAAGUAUUUAAUCAAGCUGUCACCCAUCUUACCUUGAGAGAAACAGAGUAUUUUGGACUAGCAAUUAAGAAAGAUGGUGAAUACCAGUUUGUGUCGAAUGAUGAAAAGAUCCACAAGCAUGUCCACAAGACCUGGAAGUCAGGGCCUGGAGAUGGUUUUGAUGGACAUGGACGGCCAAUUCUAGAAUUAUACUUUCGUGUGCAGUACUAUGUUGAUCAAGUGGUAUUGUUAAGGGAGAAGGUAACGAGGCACCUGUACUACUUGCAACUAAAGGACAAUGUGUUGAGCUACCACCAAGGCUGCCAGGGGGAGCGCUUCUUCCAGAUAGCAGCCUACGCCCUGCAGGCAGACUUCGGAAACUACACAGCAGCUGCUGACAUGCAUGAGUACUUUGAUCCUCGAGAGUACUUCCCUGCUUGGAUUCUGGAGGCACAUGGUGAGGACUACAUUGUGAACAACACCCCAGUGGUACAUCGUGACCUGCGGAAUCUGUCACGCAGCGAGGCAGAGUGGCGCUUUAUCAAAGAGACGUCCUCGCAGCCUGCUGCACAUAAUCUGCACUUCUACCGCCUUCGUAAGAAAAAAACAGACCGGGUCUGCAAUGCAUGGCUCGGGAUAUGUGCCAAAGGGAUAGAGAUUUAUGAGGAUAUGUCAGAUGGUUUCAAAGAUUUGAUAUCAAUAUUUCUGUGGCCAGAUAUAGGCAAAUUAACUUUUGAUAAAAAGAAGUUUGAGAUUCGAGCCGUGGGGUCGCCUGCAGGGCGAAAGUUUUCCUACUACACAGACUCCGAUGUGAAGUCCAAGUACCUGCUGUCCUUCUCCCGCAAUACACACAUGUUCCAAAUGGCCAUACAACCAAAACUCAUGGAAAUCAGACACCUAGAUGAAGAAGAUAAAAGGCGGUAUAGGGAGUCGUAUGUGUCUAGUGACCCAAGGGAAAGCAACAGUACCCCGGGCACAUACCGGGUGAACAAAUCACCACGCUCAACCAAAAUGGUCAUGGGCAACCGGUAUUCUGUGGUGAGUGACGCAAGCUCAAAUACCACAUCCGGUAUCGCCAGUGAUAAGAUGACCGUUAGCUUCGAGGAAAACGAAGAUACCAGCAAAGAGAUUAUCAUAGAUGGGCCUCCAAUGUUGUUGAAUACUCCUAGUCAAACGAGGUCUUCUUUAGUGUCCACACUUCCAGGCUACAAGCCAUCACCAGUGCCAGGAGCCAACAGGAGCCCGCAGCUGGACCACAGCCACAGUCAGUUUAAUGCCUACACGUUCCCCACCCCUCACCGAGUGCCAGUACACAGCCCACCCUACCCCCGCCUCACCAAUCAAAAUAACACGAGCACUGGAAGCGUGCAGUCUGACCGCAGUGGCAGUGGCCAAUCAGAAGGCAUGUCGUUGGAAAGUGGUAGUAGUGGUAGUUAUAGGAAACGGUAUAAAAAUCAGCAAUCAGGAGUGUAUAGUCCUGGCAUGACUAUGUUAUCGGAUUUGCAAGGGGAUUUCGGAGCUAGAGAGAAAGUUUCUCAGCCAUCUAGCAGAUCUGUGAGUCAAAAAGACAGCUUUAAAGACAUAAUUGCUGAAAUAAGAGCCCACCAGAACCCCAGCAACAUGUUACAACAAUAUCAGUCACAUUUGCUGGACACUCCCCCUCUGCACCAUGUGCCCUCCUUCCAUAUGGAGGAUCUGGACUUUGUUCCUAGGCCACUGUCCCUGUCAGGGUCCUCAGACCAGCGUGGCAAUAAAUCAUUUAGCAGUGACCUGUCAGCUCACUCCUCACAGCCUGCAAGUAUGAGCACUGUCACGUCACAUGACUAUGAGAAUGUUGUGAUGUUGUCGCAUGACUCCUCCACCAGUUUUGUGAUAGCCGGGGAGGAGACAAGCCUUCAAGAGGCAGAGGAGGUGUUUGUACCACCUGUAUCAUUUGCUGAUGGGAAGGCACUGCGAGACAUCCCUGCAGCGACCCACUAUCUCCACUCCCAGACAGAGACAGACCUUGCAGUCACCCAGCUACCUGAGAAUGGGGAAGUGCAUGACCCUCAUGAUUUACAGGUUUCUGAGGAAGAACAGGGAGCUAAUAGUGGUGACAAAAAGCGAGCCACACACAUAAGUGUAAUGAACAAAAAGGAACUACUGCACCCAGAGAUAGAGGAGAUACGUGGCAAGUCCCAUGCAUUCUCCCUGCCCUUCAUAUCUGCCCUGAUAGCGGACAAGACCCUGCUGCCUGUACACAGCCGGUCUGGCAGCAUUGCAGGCUCUUAUGAUAUGUCGUCAAUUCGCUCCACAGAUUCGCGCAUCUCAAGAAUCUCACAUGACACUGAUGUGCGACGCCUCUCAAUCUCCGGCUACCCAAAUAGUGCUGGCUUCCAAAACUCUUCCUUUAACUCACACAGACCGUUCAGCUGGCACAGUGAAAACUUUGAUCUUGAUGCUCAACUAGCCAACCUGACUGGGGGAAGCCAACCUCUGUCAGACAACCACCGCAGUGUGCCACAGAGCCUAUACAGCGUUGAGGGCUGGGCGGCAAGCACCCUUGGGUACCCGAUGCCCAGUCCGGGGCUGGAUAGGUACUCCCCGGAACUAAUCGCUUCACAACAUAUGAUCCCCCCGCGCAUCACAAGUGGUGGGCACAGCUCGCAGGAGGCUAAUAUUCAGCAUAAGACAUUAAUGAAGGAAAAUGUUGGCAUUGCAUGAUAAUUUCUCAACAGAACUGCAAAAUUGAAUACAGGUCUUCAGUGUCUAGGCCAAUCUAGCACCUAUGAUGUAAAAUUGCAAGAAGUUCCAAAUUCUUUGGUAAUAUUUAAUAAAUUAAACCGGAAAAAAAUCACAGAUUUAAUAUACAUGUAUGGCUUUGAGGACAAGUACUUUAUGUUGUAGUUCUGUUGAGUGCUCUAGAAUAUAAUUGUGAUAAUAAUUUUUACACAAAGAUACAGAAAUAUUUUAUUUAUUGUCAAUCUUUGCCAAUCAAAAGUGUUUAUACACCCUGAGACCACACUUACUGGACUCUCCAGUUUACGCAUUUUGGUUUACUUUAACAUGAAUUGUAUGUGCAUACAUUUACUUCAUGCAAAGUUUACUUCAAUAUUUUACAAGUGGCCUGUGUUACUUCUAUCGUCUUCCAAGAUAUUUUAGAAUUUAUAAACCAUUUUUAAACUGAAAUCAUUUCAAACAAGGGUUUGAUGGCAUCAGACCAUGAACAAAAUCAACUUUGGGAUAGGAUGCUGUUUCCUCUUGAUUCAUAUGUACAUAUUCAUAUAUAGCUUUCUAGUGCAAUAUUCUAUUCAGUAUACAUUAUAUUUGUACAGAGAAUUUUCUAUAUUCAUAGCAGUUUUAUAUAUUUGGAUGAGAUUUAUUUGGGUUGCAAAUGUUAUUAUACAAGUGUGUUACAUGUACAAAAUUGCAAAACUGAGUUUUAUAUACAUAUGCACCUGUGUAAAUAGAAACUUGCCAGCAACGUUGAACAUUAAUCGCCGGUCUUAUUAUUGAUGGAAUGACGAAUUCCUGAAGGAUCAACCAUUUGUGCAUACAUUUCUUUAAUGUUUAGUAAGACAAAAUAAAACUUAUGGUAUAUGAAAUAGGUUGUGCAUAAUUUGGAAAGAAUUUCUUCUUUUUCUUACAAUUCUCUGCUAUAUUCUGGUAAGAUCAUUUAAUACUAAUAUCAUGGACCCGAAGAGUUUUGAAAUUGUUUUAAUGACAGUUAUCCAGAACAGAUAUAUUUGCAAUGUAUCCUAUACAGAGUGCAUUUAAUUAAGAUAUGAUCAUUUGAAUAGUUUUCUACCAUACCAUAACAUUCCUUAGGAGCUUUGCCUGAUCUGCAUUCUCAGUGUACAGAUCUUCUCCCCCAUUUUAAUGUAUUCACAUGAAGUUGUUUAUAAGCAUAGUUUUAAAUAUCUUUCAUACACACUUUUGUUUGUUUGCUUUUAUUUUCUAAUCAUCUUAAAUAGAGUUCUUCCAAUGGCAUUCAAUGUUCAGGUAUGUUUUUGAUUUUUAUAAGUGUUUUAAUUGUCAUAGUAUACAUCAUGUACAAAACCCACCCAAUAACAAGGUACUGCUGAUUUCAUACUUUUUGUUAUACAAGACUUUUAUCGUUUAAGAGCCAUUUUUAUAAAAAAAGAAAUUGAUAAUGAUUUUAUCUAUAAUAAAUCUUACACUUGACAUGUUUUUGCUGCUGCAUUUUCUGCAAAGUUUUACAUACAUUUUGACUCUUGGGCAUAUAGUGUUGUAUGUUUUAUUUUAUAUGAAAUAUCUUAAAGAGGGGGUACUAUUUCAAUCAUGUUGAUGAAUAUCCUAUUUUCGUGUAAAUUUUCCUGUUUUAUGAAAUUAUUUUUAAGCUGAUAUUUGUGAGUAGAUAUGUUACAACUUGAAUACUUCUUAAAAUCAUUUGUGCAUUUCUCCAGGAUCAAAUUGCCUAUGUUAAGCCAGAAAAAUUACUUCAAUUAAUUUUUCAUUCAAUCAAAUAUUCAUUUAUCAUUUUAAUUCUUUCAGCAAUGAUUAUAGGAAUGAAAUUUAGCACCAAAUAUUUAUGUAAUAAAACUUAACAUAGAAUUUAAUUUUAUAUAACAAUGGGUGGAUCUUAUUCAGGCUAGCAAGGGAAGUAAACAUGUACAAUGUUCUGAUGAUAAGCCUAAGAGGGUGUAUAUAUUCCCACCAGUGAUAUGUACAGGGACGCGGUGGGGUCCACGUAUACAAAUAUAACAUAUAUAUAUAACCAAAUACUCCCAAUAAAUAUAUUAUUGACAGA